AUGUCGAUGCCUCCCGAUUGCCCCGGCGAGCCGUGGCGUGCCAGUGCCUCCCGGUUGCUCCCAGCGGGCGUGGCGAUGCGGUGCCUCCCGGAUUGCCGAUGGGCGUGGCGAUGCCGGUGGCUCCCGAUUGCUCCCGAUUGGCGCGUGGCAUUGCCCGAUGCCUCCCGGUUGCCCAGCGAGCCCAUGGCGGUGCCGGUGGCUCCCGGUUGCUCCCGAGCGGGCCGUGGCGAUGCCCGGUGCCUCGAUUGCCCCGGGCGGCCGUGCGAUGCCGAUGCCUCACGAUUGCCCCGUCGGGCCGUGGCGAUGCCCGAUUCCGCCCGAUUGCUCCCGAUGGGCCCGUGGCGUGCCAAGUGCCUCCCGAUUGCCCCGACGAGCCCGUGGCGUGCUAAGUGCCUCCCAUUUGCCCCGACGGGCGUUGCGGUGCCAGUGCCUCCCGAUUGCUCCUCGAUUGGCGUGGCGUGCGAUGCCUCCCGAUUGCCCCCAAUGGGCGUGCGAUGCCAGUGCCUCCCGAUUGCCCCCGAUGAGCCCGUGGCGUGCCUGCCUCCCGGUUGCUCCCUCAAGCGGGCGUCGCGGUGCCCGAUGCCUCCCGAUUUGCCCCGCGGGCCGUGGCGAUGCCCGAUUCCUCGAUUACCCGACGGGCCGUGGCGUGCCCGAUUCCUCCCGAUUGCUCCCGACGGGCCGUGGCGAUGCCAGUGCCUCCCGAUUGCCCCAGCGGGCCGUGCCUUGCCCGGUGCCUCCCGAUUGCCGGGCGGGCGUGGCGAUGCCCAAUGCCUCCCGAUUGCUCCCUCAAGCGGGCGUGGCGUGCCAGUGCCUCGAUUGCCCCGACGAGCAGUGGCGUGCCCGUCGUGUCAAGGGUUAGGAAGUUUGGAGUUCAAGCCAAGUGCCACACGGUCCCAACCGAGUGUUGAAGCUGGGCCCGUGACAGUUGGUAUCAGAGCAGCGAUUGAUCCGUGA